AUGUCUGGAAUCUUUGAUAAAUAUCUCAACAUGAUCAAUGGAUCAAAACACACACAUGGUCAAAUGAACACCAAGAUCAACGCUGGUACUCAACGUCAUUCAUAUGUUAAUGGUCAUGAUAAAUAUGUUCCUUAUGAACGCAGAAAAUCUUCAGUUUCUUCUAUUGGUUCAGAUGCUGAAGGUGCUUCAAGAAAUAGUUCAGUUUCAUCUCAACAGGGUAUCACUGAAAGUAUGAAUCCUUCAAAUAAUCCAUUCCAAAACCCAGGUGUCGUGACUGAUGCUCAAGUUAAGAAAGUUUUAAGUGAACCAAACAAUAGGGUUAAUUUUUGA